AGGUGCUACGAAGCUUUAUAAAACAAAGAACCGCUUAUUUGUUCCCUGAGCUCAGUUGAACAGAAGAAUCUUUAAAAGCCUACGUGGCAGCGUCGGAGAGGUGGAGUUUAUUUCGUUCCGCGCUCUCGGUGACCGAGAAAACCGCAUCACGGCACCGCCGUUCGCUUCGCCCUUCGCCGUGCCGAUCUUGGCCGUUGAUACUGCCCUCCUUUCUUGUCGCAGCCUUCUUCCACCUUUAGAUAUAUAGUAUUGCUUCGCGUCCGCGGCCUUCCUCGGCGAGUUCCGUGUGGAUUCCGUCCGGCGGGUUCCAUUUUGCUCUCUCUCUUUCCCGCGCAGAUGGAGAUGGUGGGGUUGGCUUGUGAUUUGGGAGACUAGGGCGUGGUUUUGGCGGAUUGCGGACUUAAAUGGGCUGCUUUCACUCGAAGUCUAGAAGGCAGUUCCCCGGUUAUGAGGACCCCGUUCUCCUCGCCUCACAGACGUCAUGGAGUUGCAAAUGCUUCUUUUUUUGUUGCAAUUGGACUUUUUAAAGGAGUUAGUGUUAGUGAAGUGGAGGCACUUUUUGAGCUGUUUAAGAGCAUCAGUCGCUCUGUGGUUGAUGAUGGGUUGAUAAACAAGGAAGAAUUUCAGCUUGCUUUAUUUAAGAAUAGUAAGAAAGAAAAUCUCUUUGCAAACCGGAUAUUUGACCUAUUUGAUGUGAAGCAAAAGGGUGUUAUUGAUUUUGGCGACUUUGUUCGAUCACUAAAUGUAUUUCACCCAAAUGCUCCCCUAGAGGAUAAAAUUAACUGUAAGUUGGUAUCAUUAGCCUUUCCUUACAUCAUUGGAUGCUGCUUCAUUCCUGUUUCUAAUCUGUUAUUUAAUUUUGCAGUUUCAUUCAAGCUUUAUGAUUUGGAUGGUAAUGGUUUUAUUGAGAGGAAAGAGGUAAAACAGAUGUUAAUUGCGCUUCUUUCUGAGUCUGACAUGAAAUUAUCAGAUGAAACUGUUGAGCUCAUAUUAGACAAGACAUUUGUUGACUCGGAUGUGAAUCAUGAUGGAAGAAUAGAUAAAUCAGAUUGGCAAAAUUUUGUUUCUCGCAACCCAUCAUUGAUGAAGAUUAUGACUCUUCAAUAUCUCAAGGACAUAACAACCACAUUUCCUAGUUUUGUGUUUAAUUCUGAGGUUGAUGAUAUAGCCACUUGAUGACUACAUUGGCUGCUCUGGUCUGGUUUGCAUUGGCUGGCGAUGUAAAGACCUCAUGGAUUCAGAUUUUGGCUCAUUUUCUUACCGUCAUUUGGGUUAUUGAAAUAUCAAUGUCUCAUCAAACAGUUUUUUUUUUUUUUUUUUUUAAUAUGAGAAAUGUGAAGUAGUGACUAUUUUCUUUCUUCUUUCUAUCCUUUUCAUUAUUCAAAAAAGAGUGAUUAAAAAAAAGUAUAUACAAAUAGAUAUAUAAUUAAGCAAUAAUUAUUUUUCUCAGAUCAUGAUGUAUUUUAUGGGUAAAAAAGUUGUUACUUGAUAAUUUCCAAAAACGCUGAGAAAGAAUAUUAAAGUUGAUGAUGUCAA